AUCAUUCACAUCUUUAUGUGUCACUCACUGCACAAAAGCUUUUGCAAAAUUUAUUCUCAACUUCACCUUGCAACCUCUAAAAAUCAUACGGAUACGUCUAAACUGACGCGUUUAGACGUCUAGUGUAUCUUUACUAUACGAUCUAAAUCAUCAUAUUCAAAGAUAAUAUCAUUUAAUUCAUGAAAGUGUGAUAAUUAGUAGCGAAAAUAUAGAUGAUCUCACUUAAUUUGAGGUUCAACCGUAGUUGUUAAAUUUUAGAACUACCUGGGUUUCAAAAUGUAACAAUUUCGAGAGAUAAUCAGGGGGCUGGCGCGAGUCUGAGACCUUACCACCACAGCAACGACAAAGUCGUUUGUCUGUAACUGUAGAUCGGAGAUUAGAUAGUAGAGGCCAAAGCAUCUUCUCUUUUUGCUUUUGAAUGGUGCAGUAAAAAAAAGAACACAGUUGCGGCUGAACUUAAAUUUCAAUUUUGGAAGGAAAAUGGAAUUGCUUAAACUUUCCAAGUUCAAGGUUCAGCUUCAAGCCAUAACCUCCGAACUUCGAGAUCUCAGAGUAAGAAUUUUCCUCGCCAAUCACAUUUUAUGCCUACCCUCUGUCACUCUUGUUUGUGGAUUACUGCAGGAAAGGGAACGCUCUGCUACCAAGCAAUGCCAUAUUCUAAUUCAGAAACAAAAGCAAUCCGAGGAGGAAUAUGGAAGGAAGUUGCAGGAUUUGCAAGCGGAGUUGGCUUCUUCCAACGAAUUGCGCCACAAACUUGACCGCCAGAUGAGUUACCUUCAAGACGACAAUGCUUUGCUUGAGAAUAGACUAAAGGAGAUGCAAGGAACAAUACAGAGCCUGCUUCAAUCGAGGGAAAGUUUCGUUCAUGCAUACGAGGAAUCAACUUGUGAAAUGAAACGUUCAAUCGAAGCCAGAGAUAGAAAGCUCGGUGUCCUAUCAGAAAAACUAAAUUCUCAUCUAUCAUUGUUUGAUAGUAUAGAAAAGGAAGCUUUCUCAAUCAAGCAAGUUCUGGACAAUGUGCAACUCCUUGUGCUUGAAAAAGAGGAAGUAGUAGCUGGCUUAAGGAGCAAGAUGGAUAAGGUGUCUGCCUUUGAAGAAGUAUUUGUUGAAAAGGUCCAUGACCUGAAAAAUAAACUGAAAAAUAAUGAGGAUGAGCUCCAAACAAAGGGAAAAAUUAUAUCAGAGCUAGAAGGACAACUGGAAGCAGCAAAUAUUAGGAACAAUUGUCAAAAUCAAAUAGAAGAGCUCCAGAAAAAUCUUGUAGCAAAAGAUGCAGUUAUACAGAGUCUGAUUUCUGAGAAAGAGGCUUUACAAUGUGAAGUGGGGAAUUUAGCAGUAAUAUUACAGAAGGUUAAGGAGACGGUUAAAAAUAUGGAUGAUGAGGACAAGAAGGCAUUAUCCUCUGCACUGAAAUGUCAAGAUGACUGUGAUACGGUCAGGAGAAAUGAAGAUAAUAGAAUUGAAGCUGAUGUCCUAAUGAGCAGAGAAUCGUCUACUAUUAAAGCUCCCAUGAUGGGAACUGCAGAGAAUCUAGCUUUACCGACAUGUCAGGUGCAGCACUCAGUUGGCAACAUCCUACAAGAAAACAAUCACUUAAACUCCUGUGUAUCAGAGGCUGCUUCUUCUGAACUUCAAUCUGCAAUUAAUGGUCCAAGCAUUGCAGAGAAAAACGAGAAGGUUAUUGCAGCAGUACACCACUUAGAUUCCGAGUGCUCAACAACUCAAGCAGAUACCUCAGAUCAGAAGUGCCAUAAAGAGAAGGAAUAUGAUGAGAAUAAUGCCAUUUGACCCCACCAGUCGUGCAAGUCUGUGCCAAGAUCAUCAGAAUGCUUUACACAAUACAUAUAAAUUUGAUUGGGCCUUGGUGACAAAGCCCAUGUCUACUUAUACUUUGUGGGCGGGGGGUUUGCAACCUCGUGUUGUCUGUUUAGUGCUUAACAGCCCCAACAAUAUGUUGAACGUUGAAUUCUGAGAGCAGGAUGAUAUCGGCCAGGGUGCGCAAAAGCUGACUUGAACCCUUUCUCUUACCUACCAAGGUUUGUUUUUGGUAAUUGGUCCCCAUAUGUGAUUUAGUUGGGAAAUACUUGCAAGUGGAGACGCAGUAAAAGUCAAGCAGAUGAGUACAAAGCUGAUUAGGUAAAUUGUUGAGACCACAGAGAAGCAAUUUUGUUUUGGCAGAGUCGAGAAACUGUCCUCUGGCCAAAUCAAAUGUGUUACGUCAUUCGCAGGUACGGUAGAAAGUGGAGACUACCCCAAUCUCUCUUUUAGGAAGCGUCCUAUCAAUGUCCUUGCCCAAUCUUAUCAUCCUUAAUUAGUUAAAUUUGAUUCUAAUACUGUCGCAUUUUACGAGAUGACGGUGCAGAGCU